AUGCCUUCUCUUCAGCCGUCAUGCACCCCUCCCUAUCAUUUCGGGAGACGAUUCAAUGAGAAAACCGAUCGGAACCUGAUCCUUCUCACCACGACCCUGGUGAAUUUCUUAGAUCUAUUCCAGCUAUCUGCAGUUCUCUUCGGGCUGCCGGACAUUCAACGAGCCCUUGACUUCACUUCUGAAGAUGUCAAUUGGGUUUUAGUUGUAUAUAGUAUCACGUUUGCGUCGUUACUCUUGAUUGGGGGCCAAGUAGGCCAAUGGCUAGGCCUAGAAAAGACUUUCAUCACAGGUACAGCAAUUCUCACCAUAUCAAACAUCAUCAACGCCGCUGCAACGAAUAAAGGCACCCUGCUCGCUGGUCGUGCCAUUUCAGGUAUUGGGGCAGGUUUAACCGCUCCAAACGGACUUGCCAUCAUCAGCAGGACGUUUCCUGACGGAGAGGCACGCAACACAGCAUUGGCCAUCUACACAGCGUGUGCGCCUCUGGGAUCCACGGUUGGUACUGUCGUUGGUUCUCUCCUCUCUUCUUCUUCAGUUGGGUGGAGGUCCAUCUUUUGGGUUUGUAUUAUUUUGACGGCGUUAUCCCUUAUUUUCGCGUGUUUAUUCCUACCAAAGUUCGCGAGAACUAGCGAUCUAUCCAUCGACAUCCUCGGUGCUGUUGUGUUUACCAUUGGAGUUGCGCUGUUGGUAUACGGCGUCAAUGAUGGCGCAAGAGCUGGCUGGGACUCGGCCCCCGUCCUCGUCGGCGUGAUCCUCGGCGCAUGCAUUUGCAUCUCGCUGUUCUUCAUCGAGACCAAAGUACCCAACCCAGCUAUCCCUCGCUAUGUCUGGAGGUCGGGCCCGUUUGCGCUCAUGAUGUUUGCCAUAUUUGCCUUCGGUGGCAGCUUUAGCGCCUGGUUCUUUAUUGUUACGCAACUGUGUGUGAACCUAUUGGGUUACACGCCCGUCCUUACUGCUGUAUAUUUCUUGCCAGGUGCUUUCUCUGCGAUAGCCAGCGGGGCUCUGUCCGCGCCAAUGGUCAAGUGGAUCGGAGAAAAGGGGACUCUGGUUCUCGGCCUCGUAAUAACUGCCUGUGGCGCUGUAUCUUGGGCAUUCGCAACACCAGAACGAGCCGGUGGAACGUACCACGGGGGGGGAUACUGGUAUUCGAUUGUGUGCGCGAUUUUGUUUGUUUGUGGCAGCCCGCUUGCAAUGGUGCCGGCUCAGAGUAUUUUGCUUCGCCACGUUGAAUCCGGCAGUCAUGCCGUUGCUGCUGCGUUAUUUAAUACAGCAUACCAGGUCGGCGCCAGUGUACUCCUAGCAGGGGCCAAUGCUUUGAUGAAUUCGCAAAGAGAAGCUGCCGGGGACAUGGUAGUAGUGUCUAUGGAUGGAUACCGCAAUGCAUUUUGGCUACUUACUGGUGUUCUGGGAGCGGGAGCUGUGCUGAUUACAGCGUUUUAUUGGCCUAAAGCAACAGAUGAGGCCCUGCCCAAGGAAACAACAGAGCCCAACAACGACCUGGCAAUUGUUGAAAAGGCAUGA